CGUUGGCGGCGCCGAGGCGGGAGGGGCGCGCGAUGUAACUUCCUGCAGAAGCACAACUUAAAGCAUGGAAGAGAAGAAGAAAGAGGAGAAAACAGAAGAGGAUCUUGCAGAACCUAGAUCAGCUUUCUUCGAAGCCUUAUUAGAAUUUCAAAUUCAGAUAAAAGAAGAAACAAUUGAUCAGGUUUUGCUUGAUCUGAAACAAGUGGAAGAAAAGAACAAAGAAUACCAUGAAAGAAAUGACCGUUUGAAGGACGAACAGCAGGCACGCAUCAGGCGUAUCCUAAGAAAGCUAGAAGAAGAGGAGAAACAACAAGACCAAAAGGAGAUUGUAACUAGGGAUGACGUUGAAGAGUCACUGAAAGCAAAAUGGCAGUAUAUUAAGGACAAGGAACAACUUCUGAAAGAUCUGCGCUUCCAGAUAGAAGAAACAGACCAAAAACUUUUAGCAAAGCGGGCUGAGAGGGAUUAUUGGUUGGAGUACAAAAAUGUAGGAAGUAAAACACAGGCCAACAAGAUUAAGAAUCUGGAAAAAGACAUCAAGGAAAUUAAAGAUGACCUUCACAGGGCCACAGAAUAUUAUACAAAUGCUUUGAAAACACUAAAAGAAAAAAAUGACAGCCUGGUUGAGACGCAAGUGAAGAAAAGUAAAGAACAGGCCCCUGAGCAUGCUGUAAAACAGAUAGACAAAAGCAGUUGCAGGGACAUUGAAGAAAAUGAAUGGCUAAAACAAGAGGUGAAAAUACACCAAAAGGAGAUAAGUGAUCUGAAAGCCUCUAUUUUCCUCCUGGAAGAAGAAAAUAUUGGUCUAGUAAUGAAACUGCUUGAUCUCAGACUUCAGAAUCUGAGAGUACCCAGGCAUUUGUUUCUUACCCAGGCAGCUGGUUUGCAAAAUGAAUUACCUAAGGAUGGAAUGAAAGGAUUAGAGCAUGGAGAACAUGAAGCAAAGACAGAUGGAGAUGAAAAUCUUAGAAAUACCUCAGUCCCCCAUCAAAAAGAAAAUGUCUUUUCAAAAUUCCCAUCUGAAACAGAGAAUGAGAAGUCUCAAGACAGCUAUGAGGAGCUAUGGGAAGAUGCAUUCGCUCCAACUCUUAGUAGCUUGUUGUAUGAAGAUGAAAAAGAUUUCCAGGAAUACUUAAAAUUGGGUCCUCUGGAGACAAAGCUAAUGUGUGUGGUUGGAAGAGCCAUGCCUAUUCAUAAAGAAUCACAAGAAAUGCCUAGCAAGAGCCACUUUGAAGAUGGUUUUAUCAGUAAAUCAGACAGGCACAUCACAGCUCAGAUGAUCAAAUCCUUAUCUAAGGAAAAGGUUGGUUAA